GUCCGCCCAGAUUUUUUGCAGCCAGGAUUCCUGACUCCCCCCCUCCAAGAUGGAGGCUCUCGGAGGUUAUCCCACCAAGUCCUCAAAAGCCAGGAUAAAAAGGUUAAGGGUCCUGGUGAGCAUGACAGUCGGCGUGGGCUGCUUGUUCCUCCUGCAGACGCACCUGGUGAAGCCCAGGAAACAGAAUGACUUUUAUUCGUUUGAGGUGAAAGACGCGAAGGGGAGGACGGUUUCCCUGGAGAAGUACCGAGGAAAAGCAUCGCUGGUUGUAAACGUGGCGAGUCGCUGCCAGCACACGGAGGCGAGCUACAGGUCUCUGCAGGAGCUGCACCGGGAGCUGGGCACGUCCCACUUCAACGUGCUGGCCUUCCCCUGCGGCCAGUUCGGGGACACGGAGCCCGGGAUGGGCCGCGACAUCGAGGCCUUCGCCAAGUCCACCUACGGCGUGACGUUCCCCUUCUUCAGCAAGAUCAAAAUCCUGGGCACAGAGGCUGAGCCUGCCUUCAGGUUCCUCACAGAUUCUGUGCAGAAAUUACCAAAGUGGAACUUCUGGAAGUUCCUGGUGAAUCAAGAAGGAAAAGUGGUCCGGUUCUGGAAAACAGACGAACCCAUGGAGAGCAUCCGAAAAGAGGUGACAGCGCUGGUGCGAGAAAUCAUCAUAAGGAAACGCGGGGAGCUAUGAUGGCAAAUCCUUAGUAGAUAGGGGACAUUUUGCCACUUUAUGUCAGAUGGAGCCGUGCUGGUGAAGCCAGGAAUGACUGAGGUGUGAUCAGAGGGCGUGUGUGAGAGACCUGGUGCUCCAGAAACAUACGUGAUGUAUGUUGCAUGCGUGUUUGUCAGAGUCGGCCAUUCUAUUGGCUGCUAACCACUGAACCUAAAGGUUGUUUAGCCCUUAGCGUUGGCUUUUUAUAAAAAAAGAUCUUUUCGCCUUGUGCUUUUUACAGUCAUUUUCUAAAGUUUACAGUCUUGUUUUUAAGAUGAAGUCUGCCAUUGCAUCUCUCAGUGCCUGAUAUGAGCCUCAUAAAAUGUAUUGCAUUUUCCCAACAAUAAAAUAAUUCACCUCAA